UUUUCUUCUCUUCUAAAUUAUCGUACAAACCAUCACAUUUUGUAGUCAACGCGGCGUUAUUUUAUAAAACUAUGCCCGGAAGAAGGAAAAUAAGAUGUGAUGGAAAAUAAUCAGUCUCCAUCUAAGAAGAAGUUAAUAUCCAUCAAAGAAGAAAAAUUGUUACGUGAAGUUGACUACGAUUCCUUUAUCAAAAGUUCACAUUCUCCUAAAAAGCCACUUCUACUAGAUCUAGAAAUAUUCCCGAAGAAUCGGACGCGUCGACAAUCAUCGCAAAGGGUUCUGGUGUCCAUAAAACCUCGGGCACCGCCUGCCAUCAAGACUAUUUACAUAGCUGAAAAGAGUCGUUUCUGUUCAAAAAAGGGAUCAGACAAAUCAGGUUCUCGUUUGGGCAUAGGAGACCACCCGUCAUUCACCACUCAUUACAGUGAGGAUGAUUUUGACGUUGUAAACCAAUCAGCUGAUAGUCACGGGAACGUCAGCACUAAAAGUGAAACUGAAUUGACCAACGAGUCCUCAACCACUAAUCAGGUAGAAUCUUCCACAACCGUCUCGAAAUGUUCACAACCUCAGACCCCGCCUCAGAUGGUCUACAAUGCUAAAAAAAGAUCUGCAGAAAAAUGCUACAUUUACACUCAGCCUCAACUAACUAUGAAUCUUCCCAAGACUGACGCAAAACCAGAGCAAUCGAAAAUUAAAACUAAUAAAAUUGAUAUCGCAACUUUGAUAUACACUAACACAUCGUCUGAUGAAAACACAGUUUUGCCUUCUACUAGUACACUAAACAAAUUAUACAAAAGAAUAGACCAUCUAGAACGUAAGAUUCUAAGACAAGAAAUGGUUUUUCGUUCGAUGAACCCUAACGUGCCUUUGUCUUCGUCAGAUGAAGAAUCCAAAGAUAACAUUAUGAGAGCGACGUCUGGGACAGGACGCCCGGGUUGUAGCUACAUAGAACAAUACAGUCACAUUCCAGAAACAUCAGCAUUUCAACGAUACGCCCAACAAACUGCGCCGUUGUCUCCUAGCAAAGCCACAACUUUAGAAAAGGAACAUAAUUCUGAACAAUAUGGGCGGGAUUUUACAACAUACGAUGGAAUCACAGCUAGAGGUCGGCGGCAGUGCGCGUCUGUUCCUUGUAAACGAGAUGAUAUUCCUAAAAUGGCAGCAGAAAGAGUUCACAAAAUCCGACAUAAACUCAACCCCGUUCGGGAUUAUAGAUUGAUGGACACUGUUCACUAUUUAGCUCAAGGUGAAUUUGCUCCACGUGAUGACGGCAUUAAGCUCACACCUUCAAGAGAAGCUGUACUAAGUGAUAUUAUCUGGGAAGAUGUUUGUCGGACUCACUGGCCAAAUGCACGACUAGGUCGUCGAGUGCCACACCCAGAGAGGUACAGCACAAGAUGCGAAUUGCAACGUUUGAUUGACAACUUACUAAGAGAACGAGUAGCUCACGUUGAAAGAAGAAGACGUCGACAUUAUCGAAUUGUAAAACUGAACCAUCGUCAUGAGAGCUGUAGACCGGUCGGCAAGACUGGGGACAUUAUAGUUGCCAGUCAUAAAAACAGGGAAGCCAACGAUGAAAAGGAUCUAGCGAUUAGUGAUCACAAUGCAGCUAGCGCUAUGAUGUCUGAUAGACGCUGGGAGGAUCGAAAUGCUCGUAGAACUCCCCGAAGCCACGAUCGAUUCAUGUUCCCCGACAUGCGGCAAAAUCGACGGUUCAAGCCGGAAGACAGUGUUCCCGGUACCAGCUAUGCUUUACCUCGAUCACCAGCUAAUAGGGAAGCUACAUGUUGUUAUCAUACCUCGAAUAAUAUAAAGACAGAUAGAAACAUAGAUGCCCAGCCAGCAACAUCUAGACGCGAAGGUGCACAAAACUUUACUAGUGGAAGCAGUCUGUCCACUUGUAAGCAACCAUCUAAAAAUCCUAGACUAGUCGUCAAGAAGGAAACAUCGCGUCGAAAAUAUCAGUCUAAAGAAGGUCCAGAUUUGGAACAUUACAUUCUUUUACCGACAUUAGUAGUCCGCACUCCCUCCAAUGUAAAACGCCAGAAGAAGUUCAAUGAACUUUACCAUCGGAUAUUAAAUGUCCAACUUAAUAAUGCUCAAAAUUCGACGGAAACUUCGGACAAUAUUGAACCUCAGAACUCCAAAACUAACUUGAAGAAGGACAUCGGUUUUAACAUAAACAUAACAUUGUCCAACAGCUCUCAAGAAAUGAACGGAAAACGUUAACGAUGUUGACCUACUUCUGCACACUUGACCAAUUAGCCGACUUUACUCUGUCAUAAACGUUUUAUUUGCCCUUUUACUCUUU